GCUGCUGUUGUUGACGCUCAGCUGUGGGAAGGGCAGAUUAUUGCAGCUGCUACGAGUUGAUUUCACUGAGCGCAGAUCCACGUUGUGGAUUAAAUUAAUAUUAACCGCACGGUCCCGGUUCGUGGUGGUGUGUAGCUGCAGGUGUGGAUGGGGGGAAACAGCCCGAGUCACUUCCCGCAUGAGGAUGAUGAAGCCGGUGGAGUUACUUUUGUGAAGGGCAUUCGGCUGUCGGACAAAGUCAUCAAACGGAUGAGACAGCCGACGAAGGUCGUCUUUCCUCAGCACCUCUCGCAAAAUGGAAAUCCUCCGUCACCUCCACCCGAAACGCAAACCAUCACCCCAGUCCCCGCCCCCUCUGUCGAACAUUUACUACCCCUUCUGACACCUCCACCUCUUUACGAAGCCCCAUCCACACCUCCAUCAGUGGACCCUGCUCCUCCUGUGAAGCUCGUCCCUCCUCCUCCUGUGAAGUUUCACUCUCUUCCUCCUCCAUCUGUGGAGCCUGCAGCUCCUCCUCCACCUCCACCCGUAGAGCCACAAAGUCCACCUGUAACCGACCCUGUCGUCUCAGCCCCUCCUCCACCUCCUCUUCUCCAGGAAGCCCCAGCUCCAUCUGUAAAGCUCGUCCCUCCUCCACCUGUAACCGACCCUGUCGUCUCAGCCCCUACUCCACCUCCUCAGGAAGCCCCUCCAACACCUCCAUCAGUGGAAGCGCCUCCUCCUGUAAUUUUUCACUCUCUUCCUCCUACAUCUGUGGAGCAUGAAGCCCCUUCUCCACCUGUAGCUGACCCUGUUGUCUCAGCCCCUCCUCCACCUCCUCUUUUCCAGGAAGCCCCACCAACACCUCCAUCAGUGGAAGCUCCUGCUCUCUCUCUUCCUCCUACAUCUGUGGAGCCCACAGCCCCACCUCCACCCAUAGAGCCAACAAGUCCACCUGUAACCGACCCUGUAGUCUUAGCCCCACCUCCACCCAUAGAGCCAACAACCAUAACCGUAACUGACCCUGUAGUCUUAGCCCCACCUCCACCCAUAGAGCCAACAACCGUAACCGUAACCGACCCUGUUGUCUUAGCCCCACCUCCACCUUCUCCUCCUCAGGAAGCUCCACUGACACCUCCACCAGUGGAAGCUCCUGCUCUCUCUCUUCCUCCUACAUCAGUGGAGCCUGCGGCCCCACCUCCACCAGUAGAGCCAACAACCAUAACCGUAACUGACCCUGUUGUCUUAGCCCCACCUCCACCUACAUCUACACCAUCUCCACAAGUCGAAGCACCUGUGGAGCCUCCUCCACCUGCUGUAGUGGAGCCAAUAGUCCUACCUCCCGUUGAAUUCAUCAUUCCACAUCAUGUAGAGACAGAAACCCUGUCUACACCACCAAUAGCAGAACACAUCAUCAAACCUGUUGUCCUACCUCCACCUGUGGAGUCAUCCACAGCAGCUGUGACUCCACAUGAACCUCUAGCUUCAUCUUUGCCUUCUGAACUUGUGGCACCAACACCUCCAGCUACUAUUGCAACUCCUCCUGAAGCUCCCUCUGUUGAACCUCUUGAACCUGUUGUCUUGUUGACACCACCAGUGGAAACAGUCCAACCUCCACCCACAGUUGAGCCUACACCAGUUGAACCAAUAAUCCCACCCUGUCCUGUCGAGUCAGCUCCAGUCGAAGCUGUAGUUUCACCUCCACAAACGGAGACAACUCUUGUUGAGCCUGUAGUCAUACCUGCUGCGGUUGAAGAAGUGCCUCCAGUUGUGGCUCCACCUGUGGAUCUGCUGCCUCCAUGUGAACUGGUUCCACCUCCACCUCCUGCAGAUCUUGAGGCAGCACCUUCUCCUGCUCCAGAGCUCUCUUUUGAAGAGCCCUCUCCUCCCUGUCACUGCGUGGAGCUGGCCGUCUUAACCUCUGAUCCACCUGUAAGUGAACCCCUUGUAGAGCCUCUAGCACCACCUCCACCUAAUCCAGCUCCACCUACUGAGGAGCCCACCAUCACCUUGUCUCUGCCCCCCGUCGUUGAAGUUGAAGUACCUGCUGCUAUCACGUCAGUGCCACCACCUGCAACAGCACCGCCCGUUUCUCCUGAAGUGGUGGAGGAAGAGUUGAGGCAGAAGAUCCAAGAGGAGAUGCAGAGAAGCCUGGAGGAGGAGAUCAACCUGAAGAGGCAGGAGCUGCAGCUACAGCUGGAGGAGAUGAGGGCUCAGGCUCGUGCAGAGGCCAGAGCAGCAGCUCACGCUCGGGUGGAGGAGCAGGUGAAGAAGACGCUGGAGGCGGAGAAGGCGGCGUACAUGGAGAACCUGACGGAGUCCAUCGCGAAGGAGCGAAUAAAGACAGAAGAUCAGAGGCUCAUGGUGCAGCUAUAUUGGAUGGAGGUGAAGGCUCAUCAACUGGAGCAGAAAGAGCAAGAUUUAAAGAAACGAGACGCUCUCUACAAGGAACAUGUCGCUAAACUCGAAGCAAAGUGCACUGAGUUUUACAAAGUCACUGCUGAGAGCUUCCAGAAAGGCAAAGAGGAGACUCACAACCGCUUUGCCCGUUUCAACAUCCAGCCGGUGUGCAGUGACUUGCAGAGUCAGAUUUUAAAAUGCUACAAGGAGAACACAGGAAAGACUCUGUCCUGCUCAAGCAUCGCCUCGGCCUACAUGCAGUGCGUGGACAACGCCAAGAAGAAUAAAUUGAGCCCUGGAGGUUAAUAUGGACCACUUGAUGAGGACGACGACACUACCAGACGGCUUUCCUGUCGCAACGAAGAAAAGUUGAUAGACAGAAUUCAACAAACAGACAAAGAAACAACUCCAUAUAUGUGCCAUAUAGGCCAGUUAGACCACUAGUCUGCUAAACACUAGCAGCUUGGUAUUUAGUUUUGGGUGCCAUCCUCUGUGGUUCUUGGGAUCAUGUUUAUAAAACCAAAUGUGCCGCAACAAUAACUGAGGGAUCAUUUCAAGCGCUUGUCUUUGUAAAUGUGGAGAAACACAACGAAAGAGCAGGAGAUUAAAGUUUUCGUUUUGACAGCA